AACAGGCACUGUCUUGAUGAGCCUGGCAGCACCCGGUGCUUAGCCUUGCCUGGGCCAGUUCCAUCCCCUCUCCCGGGAGGCAGGAGCAGGAUCCGACCCUUAGCUGGACAUGGGCUGCGCCAGCAUGGCUGGGCAUGGCCGUGGCUGGGGGAGCACCCUGGCCCUGCAGGUAGCCCCCACGCUGUGUCAGUCAGGGGGACGGGGUUUCUGGCUCCUGCUGCCACACAGCUGUGGGCUCGGGGCAGUGGGUGCUGGGGACAUGGGGUGGUGGUGGCCCAGGGGCUGCAGCCUGGCAAGAGAUGCCAACCCCGUGCCAUACAGUUCACAGGGAAGUGGUUCCUGGUUGGCAUGGCCUCCCGCUGCAGCCACCUGGCAGAGCACAGCCACCGUCUGGAGGCGACGGCGCUGGUGGUGGCUGUUGAAGGGCAGAGCCUGGCUAUCAGCACCUUCAGGAAGCUGGACGGGAUAUGCUGGGAGAUCAAGCAACACUACCUCCCUGCCAAGGCCCAUGGACGUUUCCUCUUAAAGGGCCGUGGCUACAGCAGCAAGGUGGACGUAGUGGUGGGGGAGACGGACUACAGCAGUUACUCCAUCCUCUACUACCAGAAGGGCCGGAGCAUCUCUGUCAAGUUAUACGGACGGGCCGGCCGAGUCAGUGAUGCUGUUGCGGACAGAUUCGAGCAGCAUGUCAGGGCUGUUGGCCUGAAUGAAGAUGUGACCUACUACUUCCCCACAUACGGGUUUUGCGACUCCGCGGAUGAGUUCCACAUCCUCGACGAAACGAAGCUGUAGACGCAGACAGCGUUGCUGAGAGGUCCCCAGAGCUCAGCGGUGAUCCCGUCUGACUGCUUGCAGAUACGGGGCAAGAGCCAGGGCUGGCCAGGCUUUGAUCAGAUACCUCUGCCUGCUCUACAGCCCUGGCAUGAACCCUGGGGCUCCCCAGCUCCUUCAGCUGUGGUGACAGCUUGCCAUGUCACCCUGCAGCUUUGUGUCACCCCUCUGCUCUGUGCCCUGUGGCUCCUGCAGCAGCCAACGACAUCCCAAUAAACACCUUGGAAAAGGG